AUGCUCGCUCUACGACCAGCAACAACCAACUCUCAACAACCUGAUAAACACGCACAACCACAAGAAAAGCCUUCAAACUCUCAACCGCAGAUAAAGAACUCGCACACACCGGUGGCCGUGUCAGCGAACAUCUUACCCUGUCGAAUCCACCAUGACGGCCCAAUAGAAGUCUCGUCGAGGCACUGGAAUCCAGUAUUCGACGCAGCUACUGAGGAAAAACCGAGGACAUCAACAGUAUAUUUUCGCGGUCGAAAGCUUUGUGGUCGUUCUGUUCCUCUUCCAGAUAAGUACCAUGGCGUGGUAGUAACAAGACAGCCUCAGUGUGAAGAUCCUGUCCAACUCGUGGUGGGAGAUCAUGAUGAUGACGAAGCAGAAGAGAAGGAGGAACCCAUAUCCCAACUCGAGACAGUUGGGAUGUUUUCUACGAUUAUGGUUUGGGAGCAUGAGAAGGUUCCUACGGACGAGGACGUAUACGUUCGAUCCAUGGAAGAGUGGAUAUCAUUUGCACAUGCAAUGCACGACGAUGGAGCUAGAACUGAACCUCUUAAGAACUAA